AAAUAUUAUGACAAUUUUAAGACGUGGCGUCUCUCCACUGGAUGCAAGUUGACAACAACUAUAAUUUAUCUAUCUAUCGGUCACCUGCUGCUGCUCCUGCUUGCAUCCUCUCUUCUUCCUCCACCGUCGUCAAGCUGCUCAACGAUGGCUAUGGCGGCGUCUAUCCUCCAAGCUUCUCCGCUUUCGGUGAAUAUCAACAAAAACCUGCGGAUUCGUAGCUCAGGGUUGGUCGGAGGAAUCGAAAGACGAGAUAGAGUCUCCUCGUUAAGUGCGGUGGGGAUGGGAUUGGGUAGUCGAAAGCGAUCUCUUUUGAUAUGCAACUCCGCCGCUAACGCGAAGUGCAGUGAAAGUCAAGGUCAAACACAGACCGUUACUCGGGAGUCUCCGACAAUAACACAAGCUCCUGUCCACUCUAAGGAGAAAUCACCAAGCCUGGAUGAUGGAGGAGACGGGUUCCCACCGCGAGAUGAUGGAGAUGGAGGUGGAGGAGGAGGCGGUGGUGGCAACUGGUCUGGUGGCUUCUUCUUCUUUGGUUUUCUCGCUUUCUUGGGUUUACUGAAGGAUAAAGAGGGUGAGGAGGAUUAUCGAGGGGGCAGAAGACGAUGAUGAUGUGUAUGCUUCACUGGAUUAGUGUUGUUUUUUGCUGCAUACGACUUGAGAAUCACACUUGCUUAUCUUAGAGCUGAAACAUACAUGGUCUCGUGUUGUAAUGUCUCUUGUUGGUCGGUAUUUAAGCUUUUCCAAACUUAUUAUAUGAAACACAUUUCCAACAAUUCACACAAAUUUAUGAUGUUUUGUUACCUC